AUAACACGACGUACGUCCGUCCGUGCGAUUUAACGUGAAUUGUUACGGCAAUAUAAAGUGUUUUUUAUACCGAGAGUGUAUUCGCGCCAUUACCGAUCGAGCGAGCCGUGGCUCGGUCACGAUUAACCUUUACGUAUUCAGUGUCGAAGAAAAUGGCUUUCUGCUAUAGUGUGUGAACGAAGAUUCAAAAUAGCAUAUUUUUUUUAGUGACAGUGGCUUACAAUGACAUAAUUGAGUGGUAUUCAUUAAUCGAAAAGUGCGUCUAUGUGAAACGGAAUAAUUAGAACUGCGACCACGAAUAAAGCGACAAGACCAUGGCAAUGACACAACGACCUUAACUAUUUAUCUGACAAAAUUAAAUUUUUCUCAUUUAUAAAUGUAGUACUAUUUUCACCAAAGUUGACUUGGAUGUUGUUUGUUGAUCUACAACAUUCGCUAAAAUUUCCUAUUUUAAACGCAGUUUUCCAGCGUAACCUACUAUACCGCGUUACGUAUAACAGCGUGUUCAAGAGUCUAGGUUAGUUGAAUGCUUGGCCCCAUUGUGUUGUUUGAACGCGACUGAAUCGGUAAACGAGACAAAUGAAUGAAUCGUCGCUUUGUAAAUCAACUUUGUAAAUGACAACAGACGCAUAAUUUUCUAAUAAACAAUGUUAUUAUUUACUGUACGUCAAACGGGUAUUGGGAAUGGAAAUUUUGAAAGAAUUAUUCUUUUUUUAUUUUUUUUGCUCCAAAUGUCAUAGAAUUUAUUUAAGAAUAUACGAUUUAUUAUAAGUAAUUAUCCAAUUUUUAAAUGUUUUCUCAUAGAAGAAAUCUCUUAGUCCAUAUGAAUAUAAAAACAAAAGUAAAAUAACGUUUUCAUUUUCGAAACGAAUUAUUUUUCACGAAAAUAUAUCGAUCAAAUGGAAAAUGUUGAUCUAUCAUCUAUGAUCUAUCUAUAUUGUUUUCUAUGAUAUAUAAUGAUCGAACAAAGAGAAUAAUAGCGAAUAAUUUUACUGUGAUUUCCGAUACAUUAAAAUUACGAACAAUCAACGAAACUAGUAUGAUGGUAGAGUAUACCAAUCACAAGAGAGAGGUUAGACGGGCAUUGACCGGUGAAUAGCGCGUGUCUUUCGUCCGACGGAUACUCUCUAAUUUCAAAAUCUUGGCACCGUUGUUAUAGUCUGUGAUCAUCUACGAAGAAAGUGUUUGUGAGCGUGUUCGCGAUUUAAAAAUUUAUCGAGAAAUUAAGCAAAGAGAGAACGAUCGGUGAACUGUCCAUCUGGUAUGCGGUGCACGGUCAAGCCAAGGAUGUCGAAUAACAAGAUCGUGUAUGGCAGGUGUGAGAUUCGAAUGAUCGAUGAGCGUACGUGGCCAAGAGGAACGACCGAUAGAAAGCGGUGGAUUUCGGUGGUGGUAGACGCGUGAUCAUUUCCGUUUAUGGGAGGAUGCGGCAGAACCUGGAGGUAUCUCCACGUAGGCGUGCUACCUGCGUUCCAGUGAUGUCCGUGUCGGGGUUACUUGCAGCGCUGCUGGACCUGGACCAUGGCCGGCAAGCCUGAGCAGCCGUCCACACACCCUGCUCUCCCGACUCACGGACAUCAGCAUCAACAUCACCACCAUAAUCAACAACAACAACAACAACAACAGCAACAAGAACAUCCUCAACACGCACAGGGGAUUCAACAAAAUAGCGUUCUAGUCUACGUUUCGGGGGAGAAUUUUGCGUACGCGACGGCGGUCGGUCAGAAUGCCGCCGCCGCUGCUGCUGCUGCUACCGCAGUCGGCUAUCAGUCUCCACAACAGGCAACGUACGCCGGCAUUCUGCCGCCGCAGGUGGCGACGGCGGCGGCGACGUUUCCCGCCAAAACCGCCAUUUAUUGCAACGACAACAACGGCACCGUUGGAACCACGGUUAACAAUUGUUGCCGGUUAAAACCGCUCGAAUAUGUGUCCACCGAUGGAGAGUCGAGCCGAUCGGCACGAUCCAUGUCCACCGGUAACACCGAAGACGAAGAAGAUUAUGGAUCGAUCGUCUCCAACAACGGUUUAUUGUACAGACAGACGACGAAUCUGGUUCAAACGACCGGCACGUCCACGACCACCACGAUGACGUGUGUAGCGGCGGCGUGCGACGGCAAAAAUCCGGAAAACCGAAAUCCAUUGGAAAACGAUUCGAGUAAUACCGACAACCUCGCAACGAACAACGUGGAGCCGAUCUGUAGGGUGAACGUCGGUGAAAUGCUACCCAACAAAUUAUUUUCAACGAGGAUUCACGGUGACGUUUAUCCAUCAGGAGCGAGAUUGGGCGACGGUUACAACGGUAGCGGUAGUCAGAUCACGCAAGGGAAUCCCGGGGAGGGUUGCGUCGGUGUUUUAAGCGACGACGCCUGUGUCGCGUACGUACGAAACGAACCGUCUCAAGCGUCCGCGAGUGUUUUUCAAGGCGACAGUAUCGAACAACGUAGCAUCAAUAUGGAGGAGAAAAGCCGGCAACAGGACGGUUUCGAUAACCAAACCGGCUCGUCGCUCUCUUCGUCCGGUUCGAAUGUCGGUGUUGUCAGUGGUGGCGGUAGUGUUGUCGUUAUCGGUAGUGGUGGUAGUGGUGCGACUAGCUGUGACUCUGUCCGAUCUGAUACCGGUGAAUCGUCGACGUAUAGUAGCCUGAGCAGUCCCGAAAGUCAAAGUCAAUCAGCACACGAUGGUUUGUCUGCCGCGUCGGUUAACGGCGGCGGUUCGUGCGCGCAGCAGGCUGCGCGUCAGCCGCCGCUUUCGCGCAUCAACAAUUCGAACAAUAACAACGUCGUUCAACAAAAUGUAGUGCUGACAAUGAACGGUAGUGCGGUGGUUACGCAGCAACAGCAGCAGCAACAAGCAAUUACGGUACCACGUGGAUGGAAAAGGAUAUGCACCAACGGCGUCAUCAUUUAUAUCAGUCCAAGCAGCACAGCGCUGGGUUCGCUGGAUCAGCUGAAGGAGUACCUGACAACAGUGGGAACCUGCAAAUGCGGUCUCGAGUGUCCGCUAAGACCCGAACAGGUCUUCAACUUCGACCCCAAGGUUGUGACACGACCUUGGAGCCCGGAUCAGGGCAAGACGCGGGAGAUGACCAAGCUAUGCAACCAUAAGAGGAAACUUUUGCUGCCAACUACGGCGGCUGCCAGUCCUGUUGCAUCCUGUACACCGGCGGUCUCCUCCUCGGCUUUAUCCGCCGGACCGGGCGCAACCGCGAUCCACGUGAACGCAGACUCGCCCACCUCGCCUGACAAAGCCAGGAAAGAUGGUCUCAAUAAGAAAAAGAAGAGGAAAAUAGGGGGGAUAGGAAACAUUUUCUCCGGAGUCUCUGUCUCGCAACUUAUGGCACAACGUGAAAGAGCUAUCGUUACGGCAGCUGGGGUGCAAGGAUCGCCAGUGCCAAAUGGAUCGCAGGUGUGGCCAAUUGCGAUACCCAAUUUGCAAGUUCAACAGAGCAAUCAACAAAUCUGUCAUCAAACGCUGAAUUCACCUUCGCAAACUCAAGAUAUUAACGGCUGUGCAACCAGAAAUCCUCAACAAAGGUUAGGUCAGCAUAAUAUGUCUGGAAUGCUAAUGGGAAAUUCGCUGAUAAUGAAUCAGCAGAGCACUAAUUUCAACAACAUGAGUCAACAGCAGCAACAACUGUUGCAACAGCAGCAUCAACAGCUAAUAUUACAGCAACAACAGCAACAGCAGCAGCAACAACUUAUGCAACAGCACAUGUCCCAGCAGCAACAACAGCAACAGCAACCACCGCAACAAUUGAUGCCUCAUCAUCAGCAGAUGCAACACAUGCAAAUUUUACAACAACACGAGCAGCAACAUCAAAAUACAGUUGUGAAUCAGUUAACGCAACAACAAGCUCCCCAUUAUCUCAAUCAAUUGAAUCAACAACCGUUACACAUAAUGCAGCAACAGGAACAUUUGAGCCAACAGCAACAGCAACAGCAAUUACAUAUACAACAAAUGCAGAAACACAAAAUGCAGCAGCAACAACAACAACAACAACAACAACCGCACAUGACUCAAGAAGUUGACCAAUCGGGCAAUUAUCCUCAACAUUCGUCGGAGAAUUAUGCACAUCACAUGCAAUCCUCGCAAGUGACGGGUCAAGCUCUUCAUCCACAAUUGCACCAAAUUCAUCAACAUCAAUUACAGCAACAAACGCAGCAACAUCAAGCUAAUCAACACGUGAUGCAGGCAUCGGCGGACCAUUUUCAAAUGCAGAUACAGCAACAGUUACAACAACAGCAACAGCAUCAACAUCAACAAGUACCUCAGGUGUGCGUGCAACCUCAGUAUCCUAAUCAACAAUUGAAUCACCAUUCGUUGGAUGUGAUGCAACAACAAACUUCUGGUUCUGUGAUGAAUACCGCCGACAUGCAGAAUAGAUUGAAUCGAACGUCUUCUGUGACGGAAGAGGAAAUGAACGCGAAGCAAAUGCAACAACAGCAGCAGCAGCAACAGCAACAACAACAACAACAGCAGCAGCAGCAACAACAACUUUUGUUGCAUAAUCACGCGGUACAACGGCACCAUGUCGUACAAAAUGGAAACUUGUCAAAUAAUUCGCACGAAAACAUGCAACGAAUGUAUACUCAGAAUCAAGUUCAAUAUCCCGUGAGAAAUUUUGACGGUUCGAAAGGGACUGUCGUAGAUGUGAAACAUCAGCAACAAUACGCUUUAUCGAACGUAACGGGAAGGAGCCCGAAUACCAAUCACGGUGUUGAGGCACAGCCUGGAAUGGGACCAAACCCGGGCCAACCCGGUAACGUGCAUUUCAACUCGAGGACACCCCCUUGGCAGCAAAAUCGAUCAGCUUCGGCCUCUCACCAACCUUCUCUCGUCACGGUCCAGAACAUCACGUGCAACUCGUUCGAUCGUGUCCCACCCCUGCAUCAUCACAUUCCACAAGCGUCCACCUGGACCGACGAAGUGGCGCGAAAGAAAGCCAAGUCUGGCAAGAUAAUCGUGAAGAAACAACGCCAGCACAGCGUGACGGAUGUUCGAAGUAACAACCUCGAUCAAUCGGCUUCGAGUCCGAUUGACGAGUUCAACGAGAAAAAUCAACAACAGAACAACAAUCAAAUAGGAUCGACCGUUAACAGCAGCGGUCCCUCGUUCCUAGAAGAUCCGAGCGGUUACCUCGCACAGCAGACCGCGUUGUUGAAUAGCACGAUAUCGAGGCAGACCGGUGUCAGUAGUUCCCAAGUGGGAAUGGCUAAUAACUCGAAACCACCGCAAACGAGUCACGGAUCGCAUUUGCCCAACAACAGUUAUCUUCCACAACCAAAGCCUUCCUCCGGCACUAGCCCUACCAGCACGUCGACUUUCAAUUCCGUGAAGAAUCACGCCACCUCGCCUGUGGUCGUGCACAGUAGCAUGACGCCGACUUCGAGUGGAGGUGGUGGGACAGAUUCUGAGAGUAGCCCUUGCCAAGGUUGCGUUACCAGUGCCGAUACUCAAUCCUACGUUCAGGAUCAAUACAAACAACAAAUGCAACGCCAGUACCUGAUGCAUUCAGAUCAACGCGAGGAUCCUGUCACGUCGUCAACGUUCGGCGAACAGUAUCAGAACAAUCAACAACAAGCCGACUCGAGGCCGAUCCAAGGUGGUACAGUGAGCACUAGCCAUGGCUCGCCUAUCGGCACCAACAGUCCAGCGAAUUCGGACACGCCAGCUUCGUCGACACCCGGUAUAUCGCAGCCGGCCACGCCUCAAAGUCUUAUUUCGUCUCAACCGUCGACGCCCCACAGUUAUUCGCAACCGCCUACACCUCAUUCGCAUUCUACUUCUUCUGGUCAGGUGCCAUCUCAACCUUUAACGCCCCAAGCUCAACAACCCUCGCAAUCCUCAGUGAGCAGCGUUGGGCAAGAGCAACGCGCGGAAACGCCUUGCUCCGCCGCAACAAGUUCAAACGUCGUAGUUCCUUCUAGUACGCCCUCAUCGCAAACAUCCAGUUCCGGUACAGACGGUAUGUCUCAGAUAGCGAAAAGACAGACAACCAGGCAGUCCUCUUUGGAGGGUUAUCAGCCGCAUCCCCAUACCGUAAACGCCGUCUCGAGAGUGCCGAUCAAUCAUUUUGCGGGUACGUCAUCGGUAAUAACCACGAUGGCGAGUGGUCAUACAGUUAGCAGUAACACUAUCACCUCUGUGCUGGCUGGAAGAGCGAAUACCGCCACUGUGUCGAUAAACACGCCUUCUGGAAUACCGAAUCCAGCCAUACCUGAUAUACUUUCGAACAAAUCUCAGCAUCAAGCAUCCUCGACAACAUUGACGAAUGUACCGACCACCGUCGUUCCUACGACUUCGUCCCUUCCGAAUAGUCAAGCGUCGAUAGCGAUAAGCGUCUCAAAAUCGCCGUUGGAAAUGGUUCAGAGUGUCGUGAGUAGCAUACAAGUACCUCAGGCCAGUACUAAUUCACCAGCGCAACCGCAAAAUCAACAACAACAACAGCAACAGCAACAGCAGCAACAACAACAACCGACUCAACAGCAUCCUCAGUCCAACGUACAGGUUCACAACGUUCUUACGUCCGGUGGGAUACUGAAACAUCCUGCUGGAUCUACUCUACCUCCUGGGCACAUACUAGUGUCGAACGGUGGCCAACUAAUAAUGGCUAGCACAGGGUCGGGAAUCAACGGUGUCAUGGCACCGCCACCUCCGAAAAUCAUUUCCAAUUCGAACUCUAUGCCACCUUUGUCGGUGUCCCCUAUGGUGACCAGCGUGACAGGUGCUGUUAGUCAGGUAAUCCCAGCUGUGGGCAUGGCGCAGCAAGUUAUCGGGCAACCAACGGUGCUCGUCAACACUAUACAGACCCCUGUUCUUAUCCAACCCGGUGUCAUGACGAUGGACAGCAUAAGCCAAAAUGUUCAGAUACCGCAUCUAACGGUUGCAACUGGAAACGUGAUACAGAAUGCCCAAUCGAUCCUGGACGCGAAUCAAGACGUGGCGAGGAGCGUGAGCGCGAAUCAAGGGAUGGUGAACCGGCAACCAGCGUUACUCUCUCCUGAAUCGGCAAUGAGCAAGAAGAAGGCGUACAAGAAACGAAAGGCUAAUCCGCAAACAGUGGCCUCGAUGUUGCACAUCGCUUCGUCCCAGCAGAACGCGGGCAUGUUGAUGCAAUCGCAGUCGAACUUCGCGCAGCAGAACUUCCAGACUCAGAGCAUAGGCGGACCGAUGUUGCAAGCAUUGACUAUUGUUCCUGGAAAGGGUGGAGCUCCGGCUCAAUUGGUAAUGAACGGGCAGGCUGGCGCCACAUCGGCGCAGUUCAACGCUCAACAAAUCAUCACGAAUCCUCAACCGGCUCAGCAAAUAAAUCUUUUACAACCGGUGAAUUUGUUGAACGGCGCCGCUGGUAUGGUACAAAAUUUCCCCACCAUACAACAGUUCAUCGUACCUGGUAUAGGGAGUAUGGUGAUGUCCGCGGAUGGGACGGCUACUUUGCUCCAGGACACGGGAAAUAUCGGUAUGCAGUUACAGAUCCAGAACGUGAACGGUCAGAACGUGUUGACCCCGGUUCAGAGCCACAGCGGAAUAUUCAAUCCGAGUCAGAGCAUUUUGGCAGCUGGUCCUGCUGGAAUGGUGAUUCGGGCGCCGCAAGCCACCGGAGGGAAGAUAAUUCAACAGCAUAGCCCCGGCGCGCAAUUUCUCUCGCCGAACAGCGGACAAUUUUUGGUGAAUGGAACCACGUCGUUUGGGAAUCAAUUGAGCCCGAUAGUGGCGAACGUGAGCCCGAAUCAGCAGGUGACUUUCAACACAUCGCAGGUACGACCGACAAACAUGCAGGGACAGCAGGAAUUCAUACAGAUGAACGGGCAGACAUUGAUGGUACCUUGCGGGACAGCGCAAAAUAUCGCCGUUUCGUCUGCUCCCAAUCAACAAAAUACGACGUUCGUUCAACAGAACACCACAAUCGUGCAGCAACAGACGACCAUGGUAUCUAACAAUCAGAUACCUAAUUUUCAAGCUGCGGCUUCUAACGGAACCACGGUCGAUCCUUCCUUAAAUAUCGAUCACAAUCAAUCGUACAUCUUGAGUUCUGGAAUGAUUCAAGGAAAGGCACCUACCUCUCCUAAAAGUAGCGUGAAUUCGCCCUCCUCUGAGCAAAACGUUGAACAACAGCAGUACGUUCUUGCGAGCAGCAGCACGACCGUGGUCGAGAAAACGGGUCAACAGAGCGAUCAACACAGCCCUCUGAUGGCAAGACACUCGGUGUCCACCCAGACAGCUGGAAACCAAGCCAAUAUGGCUCAGUCGGCUAUGAUGAGGCAAGGAUCACCGCCUGACACUACCACUCACAGCCCAGGAAAUAGCCAAAGGUCGAAUAGUCCCGCUGUGGACACUACGACGCAUGGAGCUGCCUCACCUGCACCACCGAUCACAGCUAGACAUCAUUCGUCGUCCACGCCAAUGGUUCAUUGCGUGUCGAGUAGCGAACCGGACUCGGGCGACGUUCCAGUGGCAUCUGAAGAUUGGAGGAUUCAGGGUAUCACGACGAAAGAGAUCACGCUUAGUCAACCGGGUCUCCAUGGAAAAACAUACGUGGAAUCGACGGUUACUACUGGGAUCCAGAUCUAUACGUCAGAGACGUUGAAGCAAGCCGAAGGUGUGGUGAGCACAGUGAGGUGCGAGGGCAGGGAACAUGCCCUCGGCCGCGGAAUCAAGCGAAAGCUGGACUCCAUCCAUUCCAUGCAUUCUACCCUGCAUGAAGACCAAGAUGUAGCCGAGGCAAAGUCGGAGGAGAAGAGCCAGAGGAAACUGGAGGUGGGUGAGCUAGUAUGGGGCGCCGCAAGAGGAAGUCCGGCGUGGCCGGGCAAGGUCGAGUCUUUGGGCCCACCGGGCACCAUGACGGUGUGGGUCCGUUGGUACGGGGGCGGGGGCGGUCGGAGCCAGGUCGAGGUCAAGGCUCUCAAGUCCCUCUCCGAAGGCCUCGAGGCGCACCACCGUGCGCGAAAAAAGUUUAGGAAAAGUCGUAAAUUGAACAUGCAGCUGGAGAACGCUAUACAGGAGGCGAUGGCCGAGCUGGACAAAGUGACGGAGUCGAGCAAGGAGCAGAAGGUCGGCGGGAAGUCGUGCAAGGUGUCGAGCGGAAGCAAGGAGAGCGGCAACGCCUCGAAGCAGGAUGGGAAGAGGUCGUCGUCGAAGAAGGCGUCUGUCGGUUCUGUGAAUCCUGUCGCGGCUGAACAAAAACAGUGUCGGUGAUCCGUGUCGAUGGAUCCUCGUACCAGUCAAUUUAAUAGAUCACGAUGAUAAACGCACUGUUCCAUCUGUGAACGAUAAUCAAACGUGUUAAUUUUGUGAUUGAGAAACACCGACACCGAAAACUUCCUCUACAACGUUGUUUUUUAAAAUUCUCGACUGACAGGUACACACACGCGCAUACACACGCAUGUACACAUACAUAUACACACGGUGUUUCCGUUGAUAAAAAAAAAAAAAAAGAAAGAAAAGGCGUUGGAAAUCUCGAGCGUUGUAUUCGAUAAAAUGGAUGCUUAAUUGGAAAAAUUUUUAAUCGUGGAUAAUCCUUUUUGAUCGAAUGGUAAAUUUUAAAGGGAUAAUUUGUAAUUCUUCUUGAUAAUGAAAUUUCGGAUCGAUUUUGUCGGGACGCAACGCGUCGAGAUUUUGAAUUUUCCUAAAGCUUUACGAAGAUUAGAUUUCAAAUUUUUCGAAUUCGAUAUAGUUAUUCAAUACAGACUUCUGUAUUGCGAUCACAAUAAUUGUGUAAAGUUGAAUCGUAGCUAUAUUAUAAUUAGAAUUGUGUAAAAUUAUUUUACAUUAUCUUAUGGGGAGGGAAAUGGGAUCGAUAUGUAAUGAAUUUUUGACGUUUAAAAAUUCUUACGAUGGCCGAUAUGUAAUAUAAAAGAUGAUGGAAGUCGCAAUACGGAAGUAAAAAUUGUUGAAUAAAAAAGGAAAGCGUAGAAUAUAAGCGAAAUUAAUUGUUGUAUAUACAUUUCUCUUCUAUUGGAGUAAAAUAAGAAUUGUUCAAUUUUAGAAAAUUACAGGAUGCUAAAUAAGUAUCAUUCUUUCAAAGAUGAAGGAAAAAAAGAAAAGAAAAAAAACAAGAGAAAUCAAUAUCCAGUGGUCCAGUUUAUUGAAAAUAACAAAAUGAUGAAUCCAUAAAAUUCGAAGAAAUUAUCUUACGAUUGCCCUGCUAGAAUCAAAAGUAGUUAAAAGUAGAGAUUAUAAAUAAUACGUUUUUUCUCGCGAUGACACACAUUUAUUUUUUAUUUCUUUUUUUUUUUCUCCUGUAAAUAGACAUCGAUCAAACCAGGAAUGAAAGUUUUUAGAGAUACCGAUGAAUUUUCUCGUUCAAAUACAUUAUAUGUUAAUAGAGGAAGCGGAAAAGUCAAUCGAAUGUGAUCGAAGCGACUGAAUUGUAGAACUAACGAAAAAAAAAAAAAAUGAAAAAUGAAAAAUAUUGCGUAAUCGAAUUAAUAAAAAAAAAAAAAAGAAACGAAAGAUUUUUAUCAAUCGAAAGUCAGUCGAGAUACAUAUUCGACGUGAUAUAGGAUUAAUUCGUCGUUAUUUCUCCGCAAUAAUUUGCCGUUAGCGAGCAUGAUCAAGCGAAACGCAAUUUUUCACAUUUGAUUCUUUGCAAACAAUCGGCCACUCGCUAAUUAAAAAGAGCAAAUUGUUGUUAAACAUUGCGCGUAAAUCGUAAAAAAAAAAAAAAAAUAUUCUAUCCUCGACAAUGGGCCCUGUUGAACGCUUAAUUUGUUAAGAAUAUUUUUAAAAUUUACUUGACAUAUUUCUGAAACGAAAAAUUGUUGGAUUUGCGCAUCGUCAGAUAUUUUUCUUUAACGUCGGAAUGAGCAGAGAGAAUGAAAAUUGUAAAAAAAUGUAUUUGUAAUUAGAGAAAGUCAUUAGUGAUGAGAGAGAGAGAGAGAGAGAGAGAGGGAGAGAAAGAGAGAGAAAGAGAAAAAAAAUAAUAAUUAUAUAUCGACCUGUCAAUUGGCGUGAAACUGGCCUAGAAUAUGCAUUCUUCGUGUUAUUGCACUUAUGCAAUGUAAAAAACUACAUACGGAUAGUAAAAUUCAUCAUGCUCAGAAACAGGUUUUGAUUUUCGAGAAAAGGAAUGCACGUAGUUGGUUGGCAUCGAUUGUAAAAAAAAAAAAAAAAAAAAGAAAAAGAAAAAGAAGAAAAAUACCAUACGUGCAGACUAUAGCUUUUUCCUCGAUAGUUGACACAAUUUCUGUGAAACUAUAGUAGAUUUUAGCAGAGACGAAAUGUAUUUUAUUCACCAACUCGAACUAUAACGAGAGAGAGAGAGAGAGAGAGAGAGAGAGAGAGAGAGAGAGAGAGAGAGAGAGAGAAGAAAGAAAAAAUGUUAUUCCGUAGGAUUACGCGAGAUUCGCGCGAAGAGAAUGAACGGAGAACGCGAUUCUCGCAACUUUCGAACUGGAGACGUUGUUUCGAAUGUUACAUUAACAUUCACGGACACAAGAUGAUGUGAUAAGGGGGCAUAAGAGGUAUUUGUAUCUUGAAGACUUACGUAAUCGCGUGUAACGAGUUAGCAUCCGGUGUUCCAUUUUAGAACGACGAAUACACUUUCGUGCAUACGUAAACAUACACACACAUACACACAUAGACAUGUCACCAUGUUUCCCUUAUCUUUUUUUUUUUUUCUUAUUUUUAUCACGUGCACGCGCGAGUGUGUUUACGCUUACAUUCAAGAUGCUGAAACAGAAGAGUACUACGUGUAGGUGUUAAAAAUGAUAUUUUUGCGAGAGAAUCGAUAUUACAGUAUCUAUAGAGAGAAAGAGAAAGAGAGAGAGAGAGAGAGAGAGAGAGAGAGAGAGAGAGAGAUCCAAUGUUUCCGAUCGAUUAUUUUUUUUUAAAUUUUUUUUUAAAUAUUUUUAAAAAUUUUUUUUGUAUACAUAAGUGUACAAGAUGUAAAUUGUUUUACCGGAUUGCGCGAGUAAAUAUCGAAUAACCUCGACACGUUGAAACACUUUUUAAAUCAUGACUGGUUGCACAGAGCCGGCGUUUUCUUUUUCUUCUUCUUUUUUUUUUUUUUUGAUCCACGUAAUAAUUUUCUAACGGAAGUAAUCCUUUAGGUGAUAAAAUUAUAACGAUACAUAUAACGAUGUAUAUCGUGAUUCGAUAUUGUCGCGAACGAAAAUGAUAAAUGAAUCUAAAAGUGUAGAUAAAGAAACUCGAAGUCUCUGCGAACUGUCGUAUUUCCGAUUUUAAUCGGGCACACACUGGAUUUUUCACUUUUAACAAGACCGGGUCUUUCGAGUAACGUAACGUAAAGAGUCAAUUUUGAUUAAAAAAGGGAAAAGAUAGCGAAGAAAAAAAGAAAAAAAAAAGAAAAGAAAAAAAGAAAAAAAUGAAACGAAAGAAGCGUGAAACGCUGAGAAUAUUAAAGAGUCAUAACGAAGAUGCUUUUCUAAUAUUUUCCAAGUGUGCGUUUUAACACGCGUUCUCUCUUUUAACAUUUUUUUUUCUAUUUUUUCGUUUUUUUUCUUUUUUUUUUUUUUUUCUUUCAAUCGUACGAUAGCGUGUAAUUCAUCUUUAUUUUUGUAUUAACGCAAAAAUCCAAAACUACACACCGCGUUAUUACACAGCGCACAAUUUAACUCCGAGACGCGAGAAAUGUUCCUUUGAAAGCAUGCACGCAUAAAUAUGUACAAAACCAUACAGAGCGAAUCUUUAAAAGUUAGUAGAAUAUACGAGUAUUAAAUGGAUAUUUUAUUUCGACUAUCUGGUUGAAAAACCAUUGUCUAGAAGAAAAUAUUUCGAUCCGGGAUAAACUUUAGAUUAAUACGUUGCUUAUCAAUCGGAACCAAGUGAAAAUGAACUCUUUUUCAAUUCUUCAAUGUGUGUCGAAAAAAAAAAAGAAUAAGCGUGAUGAUACACCAUAUCCUUGAUAUCGAUCGAUUUUCAUUUUUGUUACACACGAGAUGUUGAAAAGUUUUAUUGGAUUUGAUAAAUGAGAAUCGAGCUUUCAAAAAUUUGAAUCGAUGCAAUUUGAUGAGCAACGUGUUAAGAGCAAAAUAUUCGAUAGUUUUAAACACACAAUAGACAGACAAUAAAGAAAAUGCAAGUAUCAAAAGAGAAAGAGGAUUGCGCGAAUUCUUUUUAUGACUCGUUACUUCGACUUUCGAAGGAGAACAUUCUCAGUCGAGCGAAUUAUUCUACGAAACUGUCGAUUAUUCGUUGCUAAAAAAAAAAAAAUGUGUGAGAAAAAGUCAUUGUGGAUAAAAAAUCAAAUAAUUCUUAAAAUUUCUAUAACUUUUCCACAUUGUCAUGAAACUACUUAAUUUUUCUAACUGGUCUCAACGUGAACUUUACCGUGAAGGAAUACUGUUCGAAGUAUUCGUAAUUUUCGAUCAAUCGCUUUCUAAAUUGUUAUUUAAUAAUAUACGAUACUUUUAUUAACAAUUGUAAGACAUAACAGUUAUAGUUUCGUAAAUUAUCAUUUAUUUCAAAUUCUACAUCUAAUUUCUAUAUUUCUAGAUUCCUAAAAUCCUCUAACAAGUUCAAAAAUUCAUUAUGGAAUUCUUUGAGAGAUUAGAAAAAUUGAACGUAACGUUGAAAUUCCAAACUUUGAACGAACAGUUUAUGAAAAUUAGUUUCAUUUGUCUCUAAAAAAAAAGAAAUAUUUAACACAAAAUUAAAUUAUACGAAUCAAUUUUUCAUUACAAUUCUACAAUGUAAGGAUUUAUGUUUUUGCAACACGAAAGUAGGAUCAAAACUUUCAAAUUUUAUUCCAAGGAAUAAAAUCCGUUCCUUCCCUGUCAUAGCAACGAAUAAUCGCCUUUUUUGAAACGGCGACUCAAGUCACGUCGUUCAUACAAUAUUUCACACUUUCUCCACAUUUAUUCACGCGCCUCUAAUAAACAACGGUACAUCAAAUCAAAUCAAAAGCUCGCGGCAAGACUGACGUGUCGUCGGGCCUUUCCUUCGAAUUCAAAAGAUGGUCUCGUCUUUUAUCAAAAAAAAAAAAAAAAAAAAAAAAGGACAAAAAAACGACGAGACGAUUAAAACAAAGAGACACUUAGAGCCUCAGGAAGACCAAAACAAAAUAAAUAAAUAAUUAAUUAAAUAAAAGAUGCAUUAUCUCAGAUUCGUAGAUUUCCGUUUUUUGAUCAGUGGCGAAAGACAUAUCACCGGCCGUGGAUAACGAUUUUCGAAUGAAGGAAUCGGUACAGGUUUUUCGGCGAAGAACGAAAUGGCGGACGAGAAAGAAAAAAACGAAUCGUUUUCGAAGACUAAUUUCUUGUCCUUUCGAAGAUCGUGCGAAGAAAAACGCGCAAACGGCUGGCAAAUCGCUAUUACACAACAUGGGACCGUUUUAAAGAUAAGACAGUUUUUAAUUUUAUCGUUCAAUUCCCUCGCCCAGUCGACGGCCGUGCUGCGGAAUAUGAUUUCACGGCACGGCUUCCGUAUAUGCUAGUUUCGUAACACAUCGAUCCAGAGGUCGAUUAUUCGACGCGCGUGGAGGGGGACGUUUUUUUUGUCCCCUUUCCCACGGCGUGUUUCGACAAACCGUCGUGGUGGAGAUUGAUAAAUUUAUUACAAAAAAUAAAAAGAUGAAAAAAAAAAAGAAAAAAAAAAGAAUAAGAGAUAAAAUAAAAGAACAGUAAAGACUUACCUCAGUAAACGUAAAUGUAAACGCAAGAAUCAAACGUCUUUAUGAUCGAGAGUACGUAUACACCGUAGAGCCGAUGUCCUUUGUAUAUUUUCCGUAUUGUAAAUAAUUAUACAUACGCCUUAUCGGUAAUUAAUCGCUGUACGAUAACCGUCGACCUUGCGCAUUAUUUAAUAUAUAUACAUACAUAUAUAUAUAUAUAUUAAAUAUCAAAUUUAUGCGAAUUCAUUGGAAUUCAAUGAAACUUGUGUAAAAAAAUUUGCAGAAAAAGCGACGCCUGUCGAGAAAGAUACUUCGAUCUAGCGAAAAAAAUUAAUGCUUUAAUUAUUGUGAAUUAAUAAUUAGCUUUCGAUGAUUUUUUUUUUUUAACGAAAGGUGAAACGAAUUUUACGAAUUUGUGCAACAAUUUUUAAAUAUCAAUUUCUGUACAUAUUAUGUUUGUUUAUCCAUUGUUUGCGACGUUUUUUUAAUCAAUGUAAUUUUAAUAUACCGAGAAUUAGCUCGUUAGCACUGUUUGUAUAUGUGUAACAUUCUUUUUCAUUAUUUGAUCUAUUUUGUUAGUUAUUAGCCGAUGCUAUUAUUAAUCAUUGUCCAGUCUGUGUUUCCGAGUUGAGAUUUGUUUCUCUAGGAAAAUAAAUUUUAGCGAGAAUAAUAAACACAUGCGUAUAUCUAUUUUUUGUGUUUUUGUUAUACAAUUUUUUAUGUAUUAUUAUUUUUUUUUAUUAGCGAUACAAAAUGAUUUAUUUUUUUUUAUUUCUUUUUUUUUUUUUCUUUUUUAACUACAAUAAGAUUUUUCGAAGCGAGAAUCACGACGGAAGGGGAGGAUCGUGUUGAUGGAUAUAUUUAGAAAUUUUACAUUCAUUAGUAUCGACCUGCGUUGCUUUUUCUCGAAUCGAGAUCAAAAUCGAAUAUAGAGAAUUGUAAGCACGAUAAUGUGAAACGAAAAAAAAAAAAAAAAAAAGAAAGAAAGAGGCCUACGUUAAUCGACACUCUGUCUAUCUUUGUUUUUUCGUAUUUCAUUUUGCAUUUGCGAAGGGCGGACGGGUACGAUAAAACAGUGACUAAUAAGUUAAACACGUUUAGCCAUGCGGCACGACUAGUAAUUGCGGGAAACAAAUUUUUUGGAGAACUAUAUAUAUCGAUAGUUAUCGAUGUAUGACUGAGAGAGAGAGAGAGAGAAAGAGAGACAGAAAGAGAGAGAGUUUUUUCGGCAAAUAUUUAUUACUAUUAUUAUUUAUCAAAAGAAAAAAGAAAAAGAAAAGAAAGAAUGUAGUUAUAUUUAACGAAACGUUUCGUUCGAGCUUGUUAUGUUUUGAGAGAGAUCUAAAAGAAAAAGAAAAUGAAAUGAAAGGCGACUUUUGUUUAUUGUCGCGUAACGUGUUAAUGAGAAUGAGAGAGAAAGAGGAAAAUUGGGGACGAGUGACAGAGAGAGAGAGAGAGAGAGAAUGAGAGAAUUGCGAGGGAUGGAGUGAAAAUUAGAGUGAAAUUAAACGAAAAGAAAAGAAAAGAAAGAAACGAUCGAUUGAGAUUGCAAAUUUUUGGCGAACGAACAUAGGUUUUAAGAAGUACCAAAACACAAAAAAAAAAAAAAAAAAUGGGAAACUGAUUAAAUUCCUUAGGAACGAACGAUUUAUCCGUGAUCACGAUUAUCGUGUAUGAACAAAUUUAGAAGACAGCGACGAAUGCACUUUUUGGUGUACGAUAUGACUAUUGAUGCAGAUAAUAGCUAUACAUAUUACGAUAUCAUUUGUCAGUGGUAUUACAAUAAGAGAUAAUAAUUUUAUAUUUACAAGAUAGAAAAGAUCGUUGAAUCUAAAUGAGUGUAAUAUACAAACGUCUUGUAUUGUGAAGACAAAAGGAAAAAAAAAAGCACACCAUCACACAA